CACAUGAAAAACCCCUGUAGCCCUGUCAAUACACUGGAAUUUUAUUAGAGUUUUUAUUAAUUUAUUUAGGAACAUUUAAUCCUAACUUAAUGUAAAAAUUAAGGCAUAAUGACCAAAAAGGAUGUAUUUUGGUUUACUACAUCUCCCACUAUGUUACUCUAACUUCCAUGCACCUGUUGCUGGGAGGGACUUUGCCCACAUCAAGACCUUCAGUGCAUAACACGAAACAAUAAAAACAGCCUCAUCGAUAAGGACACACCGUGCCUUCCUUAAAUCGACGGACCUCACCAGCAGAGGAAGAGCCCAGUGUCUGUGGUCGUGCUUGGACCUGCGCAUCCACUUGUUGAGUUCAUAAUAGUUCACCGUCGCUCUAUUUAAAGAGGCAACAACAUGGCACACGGUCUAGUCAGACGGGAGUCGGUGGAAACAGAGAUGCACAAGUCCGAGGAGAAGAGAAAAACCUUCGUUUACACCAAGAAGAGGGGGUACGAUGUGACCCGGAACCCCCACCUCAACAAGGGCAUGGCUUUCUCCCUGGAGGAGCGUCUCCAGCUGGGGACCCAUGGUCUGCUGCCUCCUUGCUUCAUCACUCAGGAAGUCCAGCUGCUCCGGGUGCUCAAGAACUACGACAUGAAGAAAGACGACCUGGACAGAUAUGUGUUUCUGAUGGGGCUCCAGGACCGCAACGAGAAGCUCUUCUACCGGGUGAUAACGUCAGACAUCGACAGGUUCAUGCCCAUCAUUUACACCCCCACUGUGGGCCUGGCGUGUCAGCAGUAUGGCCUGAUAUUUACGAGACCGAGGGGGCUCUUCAUCACUAUUCAUGACCGUGGCCACAUUGCUACACUCCUCCAGAACUGGCCAGAAAAGGAUAUCAGGGCUGUUUGUGUGACGGAUGGAGAGAGGAUCCUGGGGCUGGGGGACCUGGGCUGCUAUGGCAUGGGCAUCCCAGUGGGCAAACUGGCCCUGUACACAGCCUGUGGAGGUGUGCCGCCACAGCAGUGCCUGCCCGUUAUGCUGGAUGUGGGCACAGACAAUGAGGCGCUGCUGAAGGACCCUCUGUAUAUUGGCCUGAGACAUAAGAGAGUGCGAGGCCAGGCCUAUGAUGACCUGGUGGAUGAAUUUAUGAAGGCUGUGUCAGACAGGUAUGGAAUGGACUGCCUGAUUCAGUUCGAGGACUUUGCAAAUGUUAAUGCUUUCCGUCUGCUGAGCAAGUACCGCAACAAGUACUGUACGUUCAACGAUGACAUCCAAGGAACUGCUUCAGUGGCAGUAGCUGGGCUCUUGGCUGCCCUCUGCAUCACCAAGAGCAAAAUGUGCGACCACACGAUUGUCUUCCAAGGGGCAGGGGAGGCAGCGAUGGGGAUUGCUGAGCUGAUCACCAUGGCCAUGGAGAAGGAGGGGCUCGCUAAGGAAGAGUGUUUGAAAAAGAUCUGGAUGGUUGAUUCCAAGGGACUCAUUGUCAAGGGUCGAGACCACCUGACCCACGAGAAGGAGAGGUUUGCUCACGAGCACCCACACAUGAAGAAACUGGAGGAUGUGGUUCGGGAACUGAAACCCACAGCUAUCAUUGGUGUGGCAGCUGUUGCCGGAGCCUUCACCGAGCAGAUCAUCAGGGACAUGGCUUCCUUCAACGAACGGCCAAUCAUCUUUGCCCUCAGUAACCCGACCAGCAAAGCCGAAUGCACUGCCGAGCAGUGUUACACACUCACAGAGGGGCGGGGCAUCUUUGCCAGUGGCAGUCCAUUUGACCCUGUCACGCUGCCUGAUGGGAGGACACUGUUCCCCGGUCAGGGAAACAACGCCUACAUCUUCCCCGGCGUGGGCCUGGGUGUCACCGCCUGCACCGUCCGACACAUUUCUGAGGAAAUCUUCCUCACUGCAGCAGAGGCUCUUGCUGAUCUGGUGACAGAGAAGGACCUGAACGAGGGCAGGUUGUAUCCUUCCCUCAGCACUAUCAGGGAUGUCUCACUCAAACUGGCUGUCAGGAUCAUGGAGUACGCCUACGAGCACAACAUGGCGACGCUUCGUCCGGAGCCGUCUGACAAAGAGGCCUACGUGCGCUCCCUCACCUACAGCACCGAUUAUGACGAGUUUGUCGUGGACUCGUACCGCUGGCCUGCCGACAGUAUGACUGUGCAGUCGUGCAAACUUUAACGCACCGGACACAGGGACAGAUUGAGCCCUGGAGCAGCACGGGUACCUACUGACAUGCAAUAUCAUCCCAAGUGGAGAUGCUGGAAUAAGAAACCGGCUGUGUGUAGAAUUUUUCUCAUUAAUAUAUUACUGUGAAAUAAAUGGUGACAACACAUGUAGAGUUACUGUGCUUGGUGUCAUUGAUGUCCUCCUCUCCAGUAGUGAAAAGCAUUGAAGUUUAAAAAUAACUUUAUGAAUAGGUAUUUAUAAAUGAAUUAAAGGAGGGAAAAUGAUAAAAUGUGGAACAGAAAGUAUAUCGCAGAACUUCUGGAAUAUUGCACUAUUGUUGUUAUCACAUUAUAUUUUACUAUGAUAUAUUUGGGGAAAGUCCUUCACAGGUUACUUGUACUGUAAUAGGCAGUAAUUUUAUGAUGGCGUAGGCUAUAAACAAAAAAACUCUUUGUCAAAUAAAGAAAGGCUUUGAUGAAUGUCA